GUCGAUGUUCAAUGUGCACUGAUGGACGUUAUGGCCCGCUGGGUCGCUGCCCUUCUCAGUCGACUUGGAGUCCAGAUUCCCAACAUCAAACAUACCAUCAUCCUUCUUCCGUUACAAACUCCGAAAAACGACACUAUUUGCGCAAUCUAAAUCAAUAAUACACACGAUGUCUCCUUCAAAAAAGCGGAAAACGUCGCCUAUCGCUGACGAGGUCGAACCGGAACCCUCCAAGCGACGCAACGUCAACCAAGACGAGCAAGAUACGCCAGAGACCGACCAACCCGAAGCACCCAGCGAAACGCCAGUUUCUCCAGCCAAGGAUGACAAGCAAAAAGAGCGAAUGGAGCGGUUCAAAGCCCUCAAAGCCCGACAAACCCAGUCCCGCAAACAGAACCUCAAAGACUCCGCCGACGAAACCAAACGGCUCGCUACCAAUCCCGCCCUCCUCCAAGCCCUCAGCCGCAAACACGACAAAGCCUCCGCGAAGCUCCUCCGCGCGGAGACCGCCGAAGCCGGUGAGGACUUCGAGCGACGCCGCGCGUGGGACUGGACGGCGGAGGAAUCCGAGAAGUGGGACCGGCAGAUGGAGAAGAAGGAGCGGCACCGCGGGGAGCGGGCGUUCCAGGACUACCGGCACGCGGCGGAGAAGGCGUACAAGCGCGAGCUGACGCACCUGACGCCGGACGUGGAGGGGUAUCAGCGGGAGAAGAUGGCGGCGGUGGAGCGGGCGGCGAAGCGCGGGGGGUUGGAGAUCCUGGAGACGGAGGAGGGGGAGCUGAUCGCGGUGGACAAGGACGGAUCGUUCUAUUCGACGGCGGACAGUACGGCGUUCGUGCACAAUAAACCGGGCCGCGAGGCGGUGGAUCGAUUGGUGGAGGAUUUGAAGAAUGCGGAGGCGGUGCGGAUGAAGAAGCGGAGGGAUCGGUAUAAGGAUGAGGAGGACACCGGGGACGUGACGUAUAUCAACCUUCAGAACAAGCAGUUCAACGAGAAGCUUUCCCGCUUCUAUGACAAGUACACGACCGAUAUCCGCGAGAGCUUCGAACGAGGAACGGCGAUGUAAGACGAUAACCGAAAUUGACAGCAAGAACACGGGGUCUGUGGUGGCCCUCACCAAGCAUAUGGGUCGUUGGAAUAUCACGGUAGCAUUCAUGAAGCAUUGAAAUAUUUUGAUUGAGAGGAUUUUGGUUGCUCAAUAAUCAUUUCCAUCCCCGUCCCAUAUCCUUCGUGAAGACCUUAAUCGCCGAAAGCGAGCUAUAAAACAUCAUGGAGUCCGAGAGGCUUAAGAAACAGACAUAACAGGUACGGAA